UUGUGUUCCGUGUCUUGGUCCGUAGUUUAUUAUUUCUUCUAGUACCUUUAUAAGCCAAAGCCAAAACUGAAUUGGGGUUUAUGCGUAAUCCAUGACUUCUCAAGCUUUUGGGCCUCUGCGUAUAUACAUCAUCUGAUUCAUCUCUCCCAAUUCACAAGAAGUUUUGUGAAAAGCUUUUGUAUCACCGUAUGGUGCUGGGCCUGUGAUGUGAUUGUUGUGGGAUAGCUGAAACUACUGUAUAGUUCUCACGGUGCCAAUCUUGAUAAUCAAAUUCAAGGGUGGCGCUUUUGUUUUUGGUCCCUGUACGAAGAUAGCUGGAAAAUCAUAUAAAUGAGCUACUUUUAUUAGUUUCCUGGCUCUGUAUCCUCUGAUUCUCUGUCUCUCUCUCUCUCUGGGGUGAAUUUCUGCAUUAUGAGAGACGAAAGAUGAAUGCCAUUUUGAUAUAAGAAUUGAUUACCGGAACUACAAAAUAGCAGAAGAUACACGUAUUCUAUAAAGUUUAAUUCAUGAUCACUAUGGAUGUAAAUGGUAUAACCUGGGUUGGGGGUGUAUAUGAGAAAUUCGAAUCUAUGUGCUUGGAGGUGGAAGAAAAUAUGUACCAGGAUACAGUCAAAUUUGUUGAGAAUCAGGUACAGACUGUUGGUGCAAGUGUUAAAAAGUUCUAUGCAGAUGUAAUGCAAGAUUUGCUCCCUGACUCUUUGAUGGAUCCAGAGAAGAUGUCAGCCUGUGGUUUCCCUGUUGAAAAUAUUUUUGAUGUUGAUAAUUCUAAAAGUUCAAGGAUUACCAAGAAAGAAGAACCUAUAAAGCCUAAUGUUGAACACUUAAAUAGGGAUUCAGAGGUGAUAUCUUCUGUUAAGAAUAAGGGUGUGGACCAUAAACCAUCCUUCCGUGAACAACACAUGUAUGACUAUCGCACGCAAUCUGCAGAGAGUUGUGCGGAGGAAGCAUGCUUGGACUUGUACUCAAGACAAGACCAUGAUGGGAAUAUGUUUAACAAUACAAACUUGGCUGUCAAAGAGAAUCCAACGAAGCACAGAUGUCCACAGGCGAUUCCUCCUGCUGAAAAGGAUUUGGGCGGACAAUCAUCAUCCUGCCAUGAAACCCAUAAAGGUUCAUGCGAGCAUAUAGAUACAUUUAUAACCCCUUCUUUAGAUGAAGGUAUGGCAUGUGACUCCACUAGGGAAGGUCGUGUGAUUGCAAAUGCAAGCCAAUGUACUGCUGAUGUUUCAAUUGGCUGCCACUCAUCUGAUAUGAUUGUUUUGGAUAAGUCGGAUGCAAAAGAAUGGAAUGAAAUAUUAGAUUCAUCCUUUGGUGGCUUAUCAUUAGAACCAAAUGCUUCAGACAUUUGUUUCAUCAAUGGGGUGGUUUCUCUGGUAGGAUCCUCUCCAAGUGGACAAGUACAGUGUGAGAGAUAUGCUGAAAAGGAGGUCUCAGCAUCUCAUCCUGGGGGAUCACAUGACUCCAAUUUGGAUGCAAUUGAGAGUAAUAUUGUUGUUGUACAAGAAAUGGAAACCAUUCAACAAUCUGCCAAGGCGAAACUUGAGGAGACUUGUGUGAUGGUGACUGGUGAGGAUGUUCAUUUUGUUCGUCACAUGGAAGGCAAGCGUAGGCCUUACAAGAAAAAACUUCAGAAAGCCUUUUCCUCAAGAAUGAGGUCUGCAAGGAAGCAAGAAUAUGAGCAGCUUGCAUUAUGGUAUGGGGAUGAUGCAAAAUCAAAUUUGGAAAGUGAAGACGGUGUACUUCAUUCUAUUACUAUGGAGGAGAUGAAGAAAUCACCAUCUCGUGAUUUUUGUGAAUCUGAAUGGGAGAUUCUGUAGAUACCCUCGUAAAAAGCUUAUGUAAAUAAACCGCCUCACCGCAGCCUCCCCUUGCUGAUUAUGGUGCUGUCCAAAAUUCCUAGCUUAGGAUAAAAUUUGUACCGAAGUGGGUAAAAUUCCCAACAAUCAACUGCUCUACCGGGGAGUAUAUUAACAAUUAUGUAGUCUCCCUAAGAUAAAGUGCUUGGAAAUGUUAUUUAUAUUUUAAAUGGGACCAAGCCAAUUGAGACGUACCUUUGUAGUCAGCAUUGUUAAUAUAUUAUCUACUAUUAUGCAUGGUUAAACUAUUG